AUGACCGCGCCUUCACUAAAGCGUAAAACCCUCCACGAAUACUUCCAAUCCCAAUCUCCAAGCCAAUCGGCUUCCAAGCGAACCCUCCAUGCAACAAAAUGCCCCAUCAGCACCGCCACCACCACCACCCCCCCUAACCUUCCUCUUGGUCUCUCCAUAAUCCCCGACUUCGUGACAACCGACGAACAAGCCACGCUCCUCUCCUUCCUCGAGGCCGAAACCUGGCGCACCGACCUCUCCCGCCGCACAAUCCACUAUGGCGGAACCUAUUGCCUCAUGCCUCCGAAGACAGCCAGUGCCGCUGAGCGAGCGGCAAUCUCGAAGAGAAUCAUUACCGCGCAGCCCAUCCCGAAUAGCUUGCGCUGGGUCAUCGAUAGAAUGAUAGCAACAGAUCUCUAUCCAGCUGGAUUCCCACCCAGAUUCUGCAUCGUCAACGAAUACUGCCCUCCGCACUCCAUCUCCGCGCACGUCGAGAAUUUCCGCUUCGGCGAACCCGUCUGCUCCCUCACCCUCGGCAGUGGCGAUCUCAUGCGCUUCCACGAACUCUCCGCUCCGCAUGAUGGGUCUGUGCGCUCGUUCAGGGCGAUGCAGGCGCCGCGCACGGGGAGGAAAGUCGAUGUGUGGUUGCCGAGUGGGAGUCUGUUGGUGUUGAAGGCGGAGGCGAGGUAUAUGUGGCAGCAUGAGAUUGUGGGGGGAAGGAAGAAGGAGAAGGAGAGGAGGGAGUGGGGAGGGGAGGGGUGGAGGAGAGUGAGUUUGACGUUCAGGGUUGAGAAGGGCGGUUGA